UCCACCGCAAUACAAAUUAAUUUUACACUUUGGUAAAAUGGUAAUGGAUCGCAAUAAUCGCGUUGGCUGUGCCGCUUCCCUAUAUGAAACCGAUUAUGGAUUUAAUGUGCUCUUCACAUGCAACUAUGCCCGUCGCUUAUUCUGCUACAAGCCCAUAUUCCGUUCUGGCCCUUAUCCAGGCUCCCACUGUAGAACUGGCAUGAAUCCACGCUAUCCAUUCUUAUGCUCAACCAAAGAAGAGUUUAAUCCCAAUGAUUAUAAAGUAUAGCUUUAUGCAAUAGAUAUUGAACGAUUAAUAUGUAUAUUUAAGAAUGAAAGCAAAUUAAUUAAUUUUCGAACCAGA